AACCUUACAAAACUGCAUUCAUAAACUGAUUUACAAACACAUAUAUAUAACCAUAUCUCCUUGCAACUCUUCCACUUAUUCUUCAUCUCUCUGUAAUCUCAAACUCUUCUACUUCUCACUUCUAUAUAUACACACACAAUCCCUGUCCUUAUUCCAGCUACAUGAACUUCUCUUGACUUUCUCUCCCUCUUUCUCUGCACACAUAAACAAUAAAUUCUUUUCAUUAAAAACCCAUCACUAUAAAACAUCAUGUCCCAUAAAAAGCUUUGAAGUCACCCCUUUGAACUAGUCCUCUCUCCUUCUCUUUCUGUCUUCUCCUCUUCAACCUCACCCUCCUACAUCUUCUUCUGCCUUCCUUAUACAAUCUCCACACCACUCUCAACACUUUCAUAUCAUCAUCAUCAUCAUCAUCAUCACCAUUCAAUCUCAAGUCUCAUAAUGUCCACAACACAGAACCAUCCACCACCACCACCAUCACCUUCUUCCUCAGACAACAACUUCCCAAUCCUAGCAAUCUCCAUCCUUGGCAUCCUCACCACCUCCAUCCUCCUCCUCGCCUACUACCUCUUUGUCACCAAAUCCUGCUUCAACUGGCGCCGCUCUCGCCUCCCUCUCACCAAUCCCCAUCCUUCCCAACCUCUCUUCCAACCCCAACCUCAGCCUCUUGGCCUUCCUCCUUCUCUUAUCCAAUCCCUCCCCAUUCUCCGCUUCUCCAAAUCCUCCUCUUCAUCAUCAUCCAACCAGUGCUCUAUUUGCCUCACUGACUUCCAACCAAACGAACACCUCCGUCUCCUUCCCUCCUGCUCCCACUCCUUCCACAUCGACUGCAUCGACAUCUGGCUCCAAUCCCACCCCAACUGCCCUCUCUGCCGCUCCCUCAUCCUCUCUCAGGACUUUCAUCGAACACCUACCCUGCAUCCCCAACUUCCAAAUUCUUCUUCUUCUCCUUCUUCUCCUCCUCCUCCUCCUCCUCUUCUUCCCCUCAGAAAAGCUCCCAGCUUUGGCCAUGAAUGCAUUGAUCUUAGACCUUUCAAAGAUGAUACCUUUUGCAUUCAACCAAUCAGGAGAUCUUUCUCUAUGGAUUCUUCCGCUGAUCGCCAGCUCUAUCUCUCCGUUCAGCAAGCUCUGCAGCGUGACCGCCAUUUCCAGGAACAGGAGCAGGAGGAUGAGGAUGUUAUUGGGAGUAGUGGCUCUAAGGUUCGCCGCUCCUUCUUCUCCUUCGGCCAUGGCCGGAGCUCUCGGACCUCGUCGGUGCUUCCUAUCCAGUUUGAGAUGUGAACUUUGCGUGUGAGAAACACGGUUG